UGUGUGCGUGUGUGUGUGUGUGUGGUCCUUCCACCCCCUCCGAUAAACAAUGCUCUACAUCAUAGCCUCUGCGCUCGCCGGCCUCGCCGUCUUCGUCGGUGUCUUCGGCCAGUCUCCGGGCAAGAAGAACUUCGGCAGCAACCACUUCCCUCGUGGCCCGAACUACCGCCCCCACUUCCGCGUCCUGGCCAUGAUCUACCGUGCCAUGUACCGCCUCGGCCUGCGCCCUGGUGCCAUCAACAUCCAGCACUACCACGACCUGAUCGAUUCCGCCCCCUCCAAGCACUUCGGCCCUCAGGACGACUGCCAUCGCAGCCUGCGCAUCUUCACCCGCGGUGUCGAGGCCAACCCCAACAUCUCGGCCAUCGGUCGGAUCAUGGUCCGCUCGGCCCUGACCCGGUGCCUCAAUGCCCGGUUCAAUGUCAUGAAGUUCGUCGAUGAGCACCCGGAGAUCGUCGACGUCAAGAUCGAUCGCCCGAUCAUCAUUGUCGGUCUCCCCCGCACCGGCUCCACCCUCCUCCAGGGGCUGAUGUCUCGCGACCCGGCCUCCCGGUCUCCCUAUUUCUUCGAGAUGAUCCAGUUCCACAACCCCACUCCUCCCACCACCAAGGAGGGAUUCGCCACCGACCCCCGCAUCAAGAUGACCGAGGAUCGCCUCAAGACCCUGGACAGCCUGGCUCCGGGCUCCGUCGCCGAGAUGAGCAAGUCCCACCCCGCCCGCGCCUUCAUCGUCGAUGAGGAGCUCAUGAUCAUGUUCCACCAGCUGGUCCUGGAGUUCUACCUCCUGGCCGCCGGUGACGAGUUCUUCAACACCUUCGUCGACUGCACCCACAAGGAGUAUGCCUACAUCUACACCAAGCGCUUCAUCCAGAUGAUGCAGUGGUCCUGGGCCCCGGACUCCCACUGGGUGCUCAAGUCCCCCUUCCACUCCCUGUACAUGGAGGAUCUCAUGAAGCAGUUCCCCGAUGCCCGCAUUGUCAUCACCCACCGCAAUGUCCACUCCGUGGUCCCGUCCUUCGCCAAGCUCAUCGAGGUCCAGGCCUGGCAGUUCUUCGAGGAUGCCACCGUCGACCGCCGCAUCGCCGGUCGCUACGCUGUCAUCGCCUCCCAGAAGAUGAUCGAGGGUGUCGAGCGCUUCCGCAAGUUCCACACCGGCACCAAGCCCUUCGACUGCCGCUACCCCGAGCUCGUCAAGGACCCGGUUGCCAUGGUCAAGCGCAUCUACGACCACUUCGACAUGGACUUCACCCCGGCCUUUGAGAACGCCCUUCGGAGCUUCAUCAACGACAACCCCCAGGGCAAGCACGGUCGCAACACCUACACCCUCGAGGACUUCGGUCUCUCCGCCCAGGAGCUUGACGAGACCUUCGCCGAGUACCAGGCCCAGUAUGCUUAAGCGCAUUCGACCUGCAUCCCGUUCUCUCUCUCUCUCUCUCUCUCU